GAUAAACACAGUUAGUGGAGCUGAGAGUUUAUUCAAGGCCACAAAAGGACUAGAAAGGCUUCCACCCUCUCUGUUGACUGCUAAUGUCCAUCGGAGCUUUGUGUGAUUCCUUACAAUGACUCAGGGUUUCAUGCUCAUCUUUAUUCAAUGAAGAGACACCAACUGCUGCAGCUGCUGCCCCACAAAUAAGGUUCAAGUCAUGUUUCUGAUAUGGAUUUUCAUGCUAUCUGCUGUUCCAAACGCGCUGUCUGCCAGCUCCAUCUUCUGCCCAGAUCCAGGAACCAGUGAGCAGAAUGCAGAUAACGUGACUGAUUGUCUCGGCCUGCGCUUCACCUGGCUCCACUCGGUCUUUGAUAAUUUCCCUUCGCUGCUGAGUUUUGCUCUGAAGCUCCGCUGUGCGACGGGGCUUUGUCCACGCGACCUCGAAGAUUACGGCUGCUCCUGCAGAUAUGUGGCCGUUGGAAACCCCGUGGAUCCUCUGGACAUCUGCUGUGAGUCUCACAGGCUGUGUUACCUGAACGCUGCCCCCUGCAGGCAGGAGCUGCCUCUCCUCCCCAACAACUUCACCUGCUCAGCAGCAAACAGCACCUGUGAUGCUGGUGAUUGGUGUCAGCAGAGGUUGUGUGAAUGUGACGAGGCUGCCAUCGACUGCAUGACUCAGAGCUCGUACAACUCAACACUGAGAGGUUUCGCUGAGUUGUCCUGCUCGGCUACAAAUCACACAGAUGAGCUCAGCAGCACCGUGCAGACCGGCGGAGCCUUCACAGCAGCAGAUGUUCUCUCAGCAGGAAAUGACUCUGUGAGCUUCCAGCUCUCCAACUCUUCAUAUCUAACAGCAGAGAUGGACCCACUAAUGACCAGCAGGGUGGAUAACCAGAGUGACACCACAGGGCUGGACAGCGACCUCACCACCCCACCGCCACGCCCGCCCCCCCUGCUGACGCCUGCAGAGGAGCUUCAGGGAGGUGAAGGUGGCGCAGCGGAGGUAAAAAAGGAAGAGACGGCGCACUCAACUUUCAUCUCUAAAGAUUUGAAUGAGACUGUGACAGAGGAAGCACUCGAGCAGGAAGAGAUAAAUAAGGAUGAGACGACCAACAAUCCUCCAGCAAUCAGCCGCGGUUCACUUCUGUUCAUCCACAGCAGAGAAACACUGAGUGCAGCAAAACCAGAGCCGACUGAACUUCCUGUACUCAGCUUUAGAGAUGAAAACACGGUCAAAUCUUCAACACCUUCGACUUCACAUGCUGACAUCACAACUCCCUUUGAGACUACAACUUUUCUAAGGACUACAACUCCCAGAGUGACACCAACAGGUCUGGAGGAGUCAUCUGAGGAAGGUUCAGUCAUCAUAACUUCAUCGCUGACAUCAGCAAAACCGCAAAUUAGUCAAUCUGAGAGAAAGUCAUCGGAAGAAGAGGAAGACAAUAAAAAGGAUGGUGAUGGUGGUGAUGAUGAUGGAGAGGAAGGGGAGCAGGAAGCUUCAGAUGAGCAUGUCAUGGAUAUGCCUACAACUGUGUUCACAACUACAACUGCCAAAAUGAUGACGACGCAGACUGUAACCACAGAGGAGUCAAACAAGGUGACGAGAAGCUCGACACCGUCUGCAAGGAAAACAUCAGCCUCUGAAACAGCCACUUCCACAGGCCCAGACAUGAUUACCAGGGUGACGAAGAGAUCCUCGACAAGAAGCUCACAACCAGACAGCAACCCAGCGAGAACGGCUGCCGUGUCACCCACAACUCCUGAUUCAUGGGUGGAAGACUGGAGGCUGCACACACCUGCUGCUGCUCCUCUCAGUCCCCUGAGCCGAGGACAGGCAACUCAACAUUCCACAACAUUGUCAUCAAAUUCACGAGGAAGCCGAGUCACCUCCGUCAAACCAAGGUCAGAGAUCGGGGCCUCCACCCGAACACCAACUGUAACCUCGCACACAACGGCCGAGGCUGAAUCUGAGGAGGAGCUGCAGGAAAGGUCUGAGACGGCAGAGAAAGCUCCGUGUGUGGAUGAAGAGCUGGCAGACAGCUCGCAGGAGAAACACACAGAUGACUGGGACGUGGCUGAGAAGAGGACGGUGCCUUUCUUCGCCUGGUCGCUGCUGGAGUCUGUUGGGUUGUCGGACAUACAACUACAGCCAGACAGCAAAGAAUGCAGUCGCUCCUUCACCCUGUACGGCAACGACGGGCGAGCCAGACGGGAGAUGCCGGCUCUGGGGGAGAUGCUUCACUGUCUGACGGGACGCUGCCCACAUGAGUAUGAGAUGUACGGCUGCUACUGCGGACAGGAGGGCGGGGGGCAACCGCAGGACCAGCUGGACAGGUGCUGCUUCUUCCAUCACUGCUGCCUGAAGCAGAUCAGCUCCAUGGGCUGCAGGUCAGACAGGAAGCUCAACGCUCAGAUCUCCUGCGAGAGCGGGAAACCACGAUGUCAGGGCGUCACCGUCUGUGACAAGCUGCAGUGUGUGUGUGACAAAACGACUGCAGAGUGCAUGGCAGCGGCCCACUUUAACCACAGCCUGCCGGCGCAGCAGUGCCGCGGCCCCGGACCUCCCUGCCGCCGGGCCAGCAGACCCCCCAAACCACGGCUUUCCCCUCAGUCCAGUGAGGAGAGCGUGGAGCUGCAGGGAGGAGACUCUGACAUAAAUCUCGGGGACAAUCAGAAGCCUGACGGUACACAGGACACAUCGACUAACACACCUCCACCACGCCAAGUUCAAAACAGUGAUGAAAGCUCUGACCUGAAGGACGAAGACAAGCCAAAGAAUCCUCCUGCUGGAUCGUCGGGCAGCUCCACACGACCUCCUCCUUCUCCUCCUCCUCCCUCCAGUGAGGAAAGCAGAGAGCCAUCGAGACACGUUGGGAUUCAAGCCCACAACCACAGGCCGAGUGCAGGGCAGAGCCAAGGGCACCGACCCGGAGGGACCGGGGUGAAAGAGGAGGAGGAAAAGGAGGGAGAGGAGGAAGAAGAGGAGGGGGGAGGAGAAGAGGAGGAGGAAGAGGAAGAGGAGGAGGGCAACUAAAAGCGAAUGCAUUGCUUUGUAAAGCUAGCUUUGGGAUGUGAAGAAGUCAUUUUGGGGAAUAACUGUUUAAAGAUUAUUGUCAGAUUAUUUUGUUUCCAGUAACAGAAGUUCUAAUUUAUAGAAAUGACGUCAAAAAUCAAAUGUUUACUCUGAUUUUUCGUGUUUUCUGUUACAGAUUUGUGAACUGGAACGUCUCUUCAGAAAAUAAAAAAAUAAUAAA